UGAACACAUGCCGGUGAAUAACCCUUCCACCCAGAUUUACCAGUUGCAGGCCCUGGCCUCGGAACUGAAAACUGGCUUCACAGAAGCGAUGCAGGAACUGACGCGCAUCCAGCAUGGAGAAUAUGCUUUGGAAGAGAAGGUCAAGAGCUGCCGAUGUUCCAUGGAAGAGAAAGUCACCGAGAUGAAGAAUUCAUUAAACUACUUCAAGGAAGAGCUGAGCAACGCAAUGUCCAUGAUUCAGGCCAUCACUUCCAAACAAGAAGAAAUGCAGCAGAAAAUAGAACAGCUUCAACAGGAAAAACGAAGAGAAUCGCGAAAGGUUAAAGCCAAGAAAACUCAAAAGGAAGAGCAUGGCGCACAGGCCGGACCUGCAUCUGCGCCUGCGCAAGCGCAAGGGAGCCCCUUCCGCUCCAUCAACGUCCCCGAGUCGGGUCAUCCCAGUGAAGACUUCACCAACAUUUUGCCUUCUCAGACCUAUGAAAAAGCCCAAGAGUCCAGGUCUGUUCAUGUAGGAGAUGGCAACGUGAAGGGAAUGAUGGGUCCUGGGGUGACCCCAACAAAUCCAGAAGCUGAUGAAAACCUUAAGCCUUCUCUCUCAGCUGAGAUCCAGUCCAAGGGCCAUCACACACCCGGCCUGUGGAGACAGCCGAAGGAGGGCAAAGAAUGGGGCGAGGAGUAUGUCACAAAAGAUCACCCCGAUAAACUCAAGGAGGCUGGCCAGGGCAGACACAGUUCCCUGGAAAAUGUCCUAUGUGAAACCUCUCUAGCUGCAAAAAGGCAGACUGUGGCUCUGGAGCUGCUUGAAUCUGAGCGGAAAUACGUCAUUAACAUCUCCCUGAUCCUGAAGAUAAAGGCAACAUUCCAGGGCUCAGAUGGAAAGAGGAAUUCCAAGGAGAGAAGCCUUUUCCCUGGCUCCUUGCGCUACCUUGUCCAGCAGCACUUGGAUUUGCUUCAUGCCCUGCAGGAGAGGGUCCUGAAAUGGCCACGCCAAGGAGUCCUUGGAGAUUUAUUCCUGAAGUUGACAAACGAUGAGAAUAAUUUCUUGGAUUAUUAUGUUGCCUACCUGAGGGAUUUACCCGAGUGCAUCUCCUUGGUUCAUGUUGUGGUUCUGAAGGAGGGUGAUGAGGAGAUCAAAUCUGACAUCUACACCCUGUUCUUUCACAUCGUGCAGCGCAUCCCGGAAUAUCUGAUUCAUCUCCAGAAUGUUCUGAAGUUCACAGAGCAGGAACACCCCGACUAUUACCUGCUCCUCGUGUGUGUCCAGCGCCUCCGCGUCUUUAUCUCUCAUUACACCCUGCUGUUUCAGUGCAAUGAAGAACUGCUUAUUCAGAAACGGAAAAAGCUCAAAAAGUCGUCCAUGGCAAAGCUGUACAAAGGGCUGGCUUCCCAAUGUGCCAAUGCUGGCCAAGAUGCUUCCCCUGCUGCAGGCCCGGAGGCUGUUCGUGACAGUGGGAUCCACUCAGAAGAGAUGCUCCAGCCCUAUCCUUCGGCUCCCACUUCUGCCCCUGCUGUCACACAUUUGAUGCCCUCGGCGAAGAAAGGCCAACAGCAGCAGAGCCUCAUGGAGAGCAUGCAGCCUGGGAAGCCGGGGGACUGGGAGAUGGAGAGCAGAAAGCACGAGCGACCCGAGAGCCUGCUGGCCCCGGCGCAGUUCUGCGCGGCCGAGCAGGACGUGAAGGCGCUCGCCGGGCCGUUGCAGUCCAUCCCGGAGAUGGACUUCGAGCCGUCCCCGGCCGAGCCGCUGGGCAAUGUGGAGCGCUCGCUGCGCGGCCCGACCGAGCUCCUGCCCGACGCGCGCGGCUUCGUGCCCGCCGGCUACGAGGAGUUCGAGUACGGAGGCGAGAUCUUCGCGCUGCCCGCGCCUUACGACGAGGAGCCCUUCCAGGCGCCGGCGCUCUUCGACAACUGCUCGCCCGCCUCCUCGGAGUCCAGCCUAGACAUCUGCUUCCUGAGGCCCGUCAGCUUCGCCAUGGAGGCCGAGCGGCCCGAGCACGCGCUGCAGCCGCUGCCCAAGAGCGCCACGUCGCCGGCGAGCAGCAGCAGCGCCUACAAGCUGGAGGCCGCGCAGGCGCAGGCGCACGGCAAGGCCAAGCCGCUGAGCCGCUCGCUCAAGGAGUUCCCGCGCACGCCGCCCGCCGAGGGCGUGGCCCCGCGCCUCUACAGCACGCGCAGCAGCAGCGGCGGCCGCGCGCCGCUCAAGGUGGAGCGCGCCGCCGCCCCGCACGGCCCCGCCGCCGCCGCCGCUGCCUCCCGCGGGGCGCCGCGGACCUUCUUCCCCCAACAGAGGUCCCAAAGCGAAAAGCAGACCUAUUUGGAAGUAAGGAGGGAGAUGCACUUAGAGGAUGCCACCCGAUUCUGUCCCAAGGAAGAGAGAGAGAGUGAGCAGACUUCUUUCAGCGAUCAAAAUCCCAGGCAAGACCAGAAAGGGGGCUUUCGCAGCUCCUUCCGCAAGCUCUUUAAAAAGAAGUCCAGUGGAUCAGAAUACAGGGAAAAAACUAAUGAGAGCCCCUCACUGGAUCCUUCACCCACCAAACAAGACUUCUUCAGAAACCGACUUGCUCUUGCAAAUGACCUUGACCAAGGAACAGCUGUGUAAACACAUUUACAGUUGUAUUGUCAAGUGGUAAGAGGAGGGUAAAAGCUUGUAUAUAUCUCUGCAGGAAUAUAUAUAUAUAUAUAUCAAUGUAUAAAUCCCUGAGGAAAACUAAUAUAAAUAUUUACAUAUGAAACUAAAUCAAUAUACAAGAUUCUGAAGAGAUGAAGAUUAGUCUAUGGUUAAGACUUGGCUUAAUGAACCUCUCAACCCUUGGAAAGGGGAAACGAAGACUUUUCCCAUCAUUACAGAAAACCAGUAAAUCUGGAGGAAAAUAAAUGUUUGUGAGAACAAAAGCUUGCACCUUGAACUCAUUCCCCAAGAAUAAUAAUAAGCAUGUUCAUUUUUAGCAUGGAUGUGAAUUUUGUGCUUCCUAGGAAUUUUAUUUAUUAUUAUUAUUGGUUUUUUGAGACAGAGUUUCUCUGUGUACGCCUGACUGGAACUCACUCAGUUAGACCAGGCUGGCCUUGAACUCAUAGAGACCCACCUGCCUCUGCCACCUAAGUGACUUCCUAGGAAUUUUAAUUCAUAGCUUAUGAAUUCAUCCACUGUGCUUAAACAUACCCUGUGUGAGGGUCCAGUUGGAAAGAUCCUUCAUAUCUUUCCAAACCUCAAAGCAAAAUAUCACAUCCUUUAAGUCAAAGGAUUGACAGAACUGUAUUUUACUUGUACAGACCAGUGCUCCAGAAAAUUUGUCCUUCAACUAUGAUUCAGAAUCUUCACAACUUAUAAGAUACAUUGCCCUCUAGCUUGUUCUGUGGUUAUGGGAAAAUCAGUGAAGGGAACAGGGGGAACAAAAACAAAGAACCCUUCUCUUCAUGUGGGCUGCACUGAGCACGGCAGCCAUUGUAGAUGCAGUAGGUGGUGUCAUAUUCACAAAGAGAAAACCCUGACGUAGUUCUGUUCGGACCUCUGAGGGCUCUCGGGAUGUAGAAUGAUCAAACUCCCGAUGGCACCUCCUUCUAGUCUAUCACAUAUUCAUAUCUCUGUCCACACCAGCUCCCUCUAUUCUGUAUACCAAGCAUGCCCCUGCCUCCGGACUCUCAAACCAGCUCUUCUUUUAGUUACUUGGAUGUCUCAUUCUUUCACCUCUUUUAAGUUCCUAUGUCUGCAUGGCUGACUGAUCAUCACAUUUAAAUUUCACACUUCCGGACCCUUCUUUUCUUCAUAGCAGCUACAUUUUUAAUGUUUAAUAUUCUGCUUAUCACAUAUUGUCUACAUCCUCUCACUAGCUUAUAAAUCCCAUGAAAUGGAUUUUUCUUCAUUACUAUGUUUCUAACACCAGUUCUGUAAAAAGAUCUAUAUUUGUUUAUGCCUAAAUAGUCAAAUGAGCUCUUACCAAAUGCUUAUAAUUUUAGGUCAUUGAAAACCAAUCUGAAUAAUGGCAAACAGCACAGGAAGCCAUAAUGAAUCAAAUCAUAGGAUGUCAGGAUAGCUAACCUCCUAGGAAUUCUCUAAAACAGGCAGACUGCAAACAUGCCCUUUAUACUUUAUUUUUCAUAUUUUAGUGCUUUGUUCUGAAAGGCACUGCAUUGUAGCCACAUCACCUUUCAAGUUCAUACAAGCUUUGUGUUGAUGAGUCGUGCGUUUGUGUGCUCAGCAGUGGAAGCAGGGUAAACAGGCCUGCCCACGGCACCCAUCGGUCCUGACGUUACUAAGGUACAGUUACUAAACAGUUGAUAGUUUUCCUUGCCACCAGUAAUUAUCAAAGGUCCUAAAAGGUUAGCAUGGCCACAAACUGCUUUUCUAAAAUUAUAUUCUGUCAAAGGUGCAAAUAAAGCAGGCCUGGCUGGGGAGCUGGCCUUCUCGGUUCUGUUUUUGAGAUCUAAGUGCCCUCCUCUGUAAUGACUAGCAUUGACUUUUGAUGAUGAAGUACAAAGGAAAAUCUCUUGAUUAAAGAUCAGAAUUAACAUUUGGAGAGCAAAAUUAAAAUCUGAUUAAUUUCAGUGUCAGUAUUACUUAGAUAGUAAACUGUUACGUAGAAUACAUUCAAUAAUGCAUGCUGGAAUCACCAUUUUAGGCUUCCCUGAAGGCAUUCCUACAAAUACUAGGAACACUGAUUCUUAGUCUCAGUCACAAAUUUGACACUUUGCCUUAUUUAUCUAAUUAUCUAUCUAUCUAUCUAUCUAUCUAUCUAUCUAUCUAUCUAUCUAUCUAUCUAUCAUCUAUCUGCCAUCUAUCAUCUAUAUCUGUCAUCUAUCUUCUGUCAUCUACC